GAAAAAACAAUAAAGUUGACAGUGACUAUACAUAAAAAUAAAUAGAAUGAGUAGAGAAAUACUGUCAAAAGGUCCUAAAAAACAAAUAAUACCCGGAAAAGAAGAAUUAUAUGGCGAAACAAGUGAUAAACCAAUAUCGACAAAAGAUACACAAAUGUCCCUUUUAAAUCUCGGAAUGCGUAUACGAAAAGCGGUUUCAUCUGGAUAUAAAACAAAACAAGACAAUUCUUCUGCUUCUUCUGCUUCUUCUUUCUCUAAUAAUAACCUUACUGAUUCGUCAAUACUUCCUAUUCCUUAUCAACCACUCGGAAACCCAUCGAUCAAGCGUAAACGAGCACCCUAAAAAUUAAAUAUCUCUAGCUAAUUGCUUAUCUUCAAAUAAAAUUAUA